AUGUCUUCCAACUUACGAGGAAAUAGAGAUACAGAGAGGAGGAAAGUUUUAGAUGAUGCCGCGAGGAAACGUAGGGCUAGAAAAGCGGUUGAGGCACUCGAGCAAGACAAUUUCCAUGAAGACCCACAUGCAGACUUAGUAAUGUCGAAGAAGGUGCCGAAAUUCGCCGACUCAAAUGAAAAGCCCACUCGGAAGAAAAAAUCUAAGAGUGCGGAAUAUUACAAGAUGCGAUUUCGGAAGACAUUUGCGCAACUCGUUGAGGAAGAUGCGAGUUUUAGACCAGACCCGCCUAAUUAUCUAUCUGCGCAAGUGCCACCUUCUAAAUUUCCCGAUCGACACUUCUGUGCUGUUUGUGGUUUUCCAUCGAACUACACUUGCAUACCUUGUGGAGCUCGUUACUGUAGCGUCCGCUGCUUAGGAACACACUUAGACACGAGAUGCCUCAAAUGGACUGCUUAACUCUUGUUUUCUUGAAAAUAAUAAAUUUUCCUACUGCAAA